AUGAUUAUGUUACUUUAGGAUUUGUUAAAACAUAGCCACCUUUAACAAUUGGUGGUCUUUCCCAUCCGGUUAGCUUUCCCUUCUUUAGAAUGUGGGGUACAUUAAAAUCAGUGAAAUCCAGAGGAAAGCAGAUGCCUCCAUUGGAGUUGGGGUCCAUGAGCAUUUCAGUGGCAUACUGAUAAUUUGUUCUGUUGAUCAGAUCCUACAUUUUACAGGAGUAAUUUUUGCAAUGCGGUCAUGCAUUACCACCCAUUAAAAUCAGAUCAGCUGUAUGGAAAACAAAAGAAGCUUCAACAACCAUAGCAUGCUCUAUCAGGUUUGAUUGAAAUCUAGGUGCAUUGUAUAAGAUUUCAAUGCCGUUACAGAUCUUACGCCUUCAAAAUGUUAAGGCAUCAUUAUGUCUUUCUUGAGCGUUAUCACUGUCUGGAUCUAUUAUAUGUGUUUUCUGGUACCAGAGGCCCAUUGUGAGAGCACCAGUUACGAUUUGCAAGGCUAGGUGAUUAUUCUCCCAGAGGAUCGCGGGGCCAUAAGCAACCAGUUUGCACCCUCAGCCAGAGAAUUACUCUACAGUCAAGUACCCAGAUGGAUGGUGAAGUAGACAUUUCCUCUGAAAGCAUAAUUGUCAAGGAAAGUGUGAAAAAAGAUGAAGGGGAAAAUCAGAAGUCUCAGUUGGUGAUUACCAAUCAUCAAGUUGAUUCUCAGUCCAAACAUCCCAGCUCUGUGCAUGUUACUAAUGAACAGGAGUAUGCAAAGGAGAACAAUGUGAAAGAUGUAAAUUCAGAAAUGGAAAAUGUACAUAAGGACGAGCUUCGAGAACUAAUAAGUGUAGCAGAAGAGUUUCAGUCUGAAGAACCUAGAAAGUGGGAAGGGGAAACUGAAGUGACUGCAACAGCAGAUGACAACAUGAAACAGAGUCAAUUACAGGAGAAGCAGUCUGACACAUUUCUUGAAGUAGGCGAUUCAUCAAAACCAAGUCAAGAAGAGAUCAAUCCAAUGGUUCCUGAGGUUAAUGAACAGAUAUCCAGUUCAGGCUCUGCUCUGUUUAAAUCAGAGAAGGCUAACACUAGGGUUGAUAGAAAAACUGCAGCUACUAAUAAACAAAAGUCAAAAAGUUCCCAGAAUUCAAGUUGUUUGCCAAAAGGAAUCCCAGAGGCUGCAGCAGGAAAUAACAUGGCUACAAAUACUAAAUGCAAGAAAAAUGCUGGAGAAGUAAAUCAUGCUGAGAGCGCUCAAAAGUUGCCUGCUUCAAACAUUUCACUUCGUAGAACAAGCAACCAGAGGUCAGCAAGGACGAAUUACACUGUUCCACAACCAUUUGCUUUGGCAACUGACAAGAGAGCUUCUAUAGUUGUUCGGCCUAUUAAUGGUGACAUAGCUGGGACUGCAGAAAAGCACACUAAUGCAAAUCAUAGUACAUCUGCCUCAGUUUUGAAGAAAACACAGUUGGUGGAAAAUGCACCGUCACACCCUUUAUGCAGCAAGUCCCUUCCCUCGGAAAGCUUGAAGGUGGAGGAUCAAAAUGUAAAGCCUCCCAUACAAGCAAAUUCAAACCAUGAUGAUGAAGAUAACUGUUCUACUGCCUCUUCAACUUCAUCAUCGAGGAAAGCUGUUAAAGAGAGACCAAAAUGUGCUGCAUCUGGACCUAGCUUGAGAUGUGAUGAGAGAGCAAAAAAGCGGAAAGAUUUCUACUCUAAGUUAGAGGAAAAGGUUCAUGCUAAGGAGAUGGAAAAAAGCAAAUUGCAACUCAAAUCAAAGGAGAAGCAAGAAGCUGAGAUCAAGCAGCUUAGAAAGAGUAUGACAUUCAAAGCAACGCCCAUGCCAGACUUUUACCACGAAGCAGCACUGCCAAAGGUUGAGCUGAAAAAGGCGCAGAUACCUCCAACCCGUGCAAAAUCACCUAAGCUAGGGCGUCGAAAUAGCUGUGUGGGUAUAGAGUCUGAAGGUGAUUGUGGUCAGUCGUCUACAUCAAGUUGUUCUAUCCUCAUGAAGAAUAUCUCCAAUGGAACCAUUGAAGAUCUUCCUGAAGAAAUGAAUGCAGAGAAAGAAUUUGCUAAGGACUAUGCUUCUUCAAAGGAGAGUCUGAGAAAAUCAACUGAAGUGCCUUCUGCAAAACAUUUUCUUGAAUCCAAGCUUGAUGACAUGUCUGUUAGCCCAAAACAGCAGGAUCUAAAUAUGCUGGAAACUAAGUCUGCCAAAGAAUUAACUGAAAUUGGUAAUCUCACAACAAGCAGCAUGUCAAAUACUUCGACUGAUGCAAGUGAUGGUGAAAGGAUAAAUUCACAAGGAUCUCAACCAGUUAAAGAUAACUCUGAAUCUUCAAAUGGGCAUAAUGAGAUUGCAGGAGGCGUGAUUAAUAAAAAUCACACUCAAGAGUCUGAUGAAGGGAGCCUGAAUGCCAAUGAAACUGAUGUAAUUGGAGAGAAAUGCAGCUUAGAACCAUUAGCUCAGCAUAAUGAGAUUGAUAAUAAUAAUAAACUAAGGGAGUUAUAUGAAGAUGCAAUCAAUUUACAGGAUUCUCUGGCAGUUGAAGUAAAGGAUGGUAAUGAAAUUUUAAAUGGGGAUAUUGAGGUUGUAGAAGUGAAGAUGAACAGGGAUGAAUUGGGGGAGUCGGCUUCUUUGGUUACCCCUGUUAAAGAUACUGCAAAUUACAAUGGUAAAUUGGCUGAUGAUGUACAGGGCUUGGACACCUCUAAAUCAAAGAGAAAUGGAAGCAAAGUGUCAGUAGGUUUGAAGGUUCGCAAGAAAGAGAAAAUCCAAUGCAAUGGUGCAGUUGUGAAUGGAACCAAGUCUAGGUCUGCAAGGUCUAGCCAGGAAAGUUCAACCCAGGAAUCCUUAGAAACAAAUGUGAAAGGAAACCAGAACCCGCGACAAGAUCGAAACAAAGCAAUGGCGUCCUCUACUCCCAGCUCAAAGAGAGAGGGUGUUAAAGCUGUGUCCUCAAAAAGAACUGGCAAGGGAUGUAAUAGCAUGGCUCAAGUUGUGGGAGAUGUACUUGUACAGUCAUAAGUGAGCAUGAUUGUUUUCCUGUAUUUAUUUCUAUUUGUUGGAUGAAGCAUUCACUAAUUGGUGAAGGGAACCCUGCACCUUGUGUGUUGAUAAUGUUGUAGUGCUGUAAUUCCUGGUAAAUACCUCUGUUCAUCUUCCCCAGGAUGUUAAGCACAAGUAAAUUACUUCCAAAUCACUGGGGUGCUUCUACAAAGAGUUUGAUUUCUUGAUUGUUGAAGUUUUGUGAACAUAAUCAGAAAAAGAACUGUGUGCCCAAUACCAAAUAAGGCCUCCGUUUAUCUUGGUAGACCAAAUCAACUACAUGUUCAGAGCUUAAACAUUUGGAUUUGCUUGGUUAAUAUGGUUGCAGAAUUGCUGAUGAUAGAUUCGCAAAUUAGGAGGUUUCCUUUCAACAGCCUGUUACCUGAAUGAAUUGUACAAAUUUGGUGGCUCAUUCUGCUUUGAGAGAAGUUUUAUCAUCAGUACUUUGUCUUUGAUCCACUUCAUUUGGUUUAUUUAUUUUAAGCUAGUCACAGUUACGGUGGAUAAUCAUUCCCAAUGCCAUCUAUUCAUUUUUAAUAUCUGGGUUGCCACUGCAUCUAGAGUUUGUAUAUGCGAGAGUGUAAUUUUGUCUAGACUGGCAGACUUCCUUGAGCUGUGGAUUGAUAACUGUAAGAUUUUGUGUCAUUUUGGUACAAUGUAUAGAAUAUAUAUAUAUAUAUAUUCUGAAGUAGUCCAAUAUUAAUGAGACGUGGAGAGGUGUCAUUAUAUUUAUAUAUAUAGAACAUAUCCUGGUUAUGUGGUAUUUAA